AUGGACGCGGCGGGCGCCGGCGAGGUCGGCAAGCAGAUCGAGCAGCUGGUGUUCCGGCUUGAGGAGCAGGGCUGCCUCGACGCCCAAUUCCAGCGGAUCCUGCAGCUGCCGGACGAGUCCAACCCCAACUUCGUGUCCGAGGUGGUGGAGCUGUUCCUGGCCAACACGGAGAAGCACCUGACGCAGAUCCGGGCCCACCUGGUGAAAGACCAGCCGGAUUUCGAGGCGGUGUCCAACCUGCUGAUUUUGAUGAAGGGCAGCAACGACACGUUCGGCGCGCGGGCGCUGACGGGCCUGUGCGUCAGAUUCCAGGAGGCGUGCGCGAAGGGCCUGGUCGCGGACUGCAAGGCGCUGCUGGAGGGCCAGGAGCGGGAGUUGGGCACGCUGAAGAAGGAGAUGGGCACGUUCCUGGAGCUCUACAGGAAGAAGACCGCCCUGCUGGGCAGGGGCCCCGGAUAG